AUGCAGUUUAACAGCCCAGACAAUCAGCGCACAGAGUCACAGGUAUACACACCACCCGUUUAUAUGCGACAGCAAGGUCCUGUUCGAUAUGGCGUUGACUCUCAUAUCCUAUCUUCACAACAAUCAUCACCCCAACAGUCUCAUCAGGUGUAUACACCUUCGUAUCCACAAUUACAUUAUCCUGUUGCCAACGCCUAUGGGCAUGGAGGUGCGCGUCAAAGCUACGGUGGUGGAGGUUUCUUUGCUUUUGGAGGUCCAGGACCCGAUUAUCGACCUUCUAUGCGGUCACCACGGGGUUUCGGGGGUCGAGGUCGAUUUACUCGUCCGGCCUCUCAAAACAAGGGCAGUCAUUCUGACUCUGUUGAUGCCAUCCACCACUACUGUGAUGUUUGCAAAGUCAGUUGCAUAGGAAAACAAUCUUAUGAUGCACAUUUGGCCGGACAAAAACACAAGAAGAAGGCUCUGCAGCAGUCAAAUGACCUACUGGAUUGCCCAUCAACUCUCUACUACUGCGAAAUUUGUAAAGUCAGCUGUUUUGGCCGUGAACCCUAUGACGCUCAUUUGUGCGGCCAGAAGCACAAGCGCAACGCCACUGCUCUUAUGAGUGGUAAGGUCAUAAGCGCCGACGAGAUGGCCGCAGAAUACUUCUGUGAGGUCUGUAGUAUUGCUUGCAGAGGAAAGUGCUCCUUUGAUGCACAUUUAGUCGGCUCCAAACACCUGAAAAAACUCCGAGCUACAGCAUCUAACCCUUCUGAAUACAGAUGACAGAAGCAUAAGACUAACCUUGCGAAACUCGAAAAGGGUGAAGCAUCGCUGCAGGCAUUUGUGUGUGACAUCUGCAACAUGGACUGUCGCAGUGAAGCAUCCUAUGCAUCUCAUCUUGACGGGCAGAAACACCGGAAAAAUCAAGCCAAACUACUGAACAACGGCCUGUCCUCGUACUUGUCCGAAGUCUGUGAUAUUGGCUGUGGUAAUCAGGGUUUGUAUGACAAUCUCUUGAUUGAUCAGACGUUUGUGGGCGGUGCGUCGGGAUCUGAAAGGGGCGACACUGGAGUGUAUUUGUAUGACGAAUGGGAACCUGGCUACUGCUCACAGGAGUCGUAUGAAUCACAAAUGUGUAGCCACACGCACAGGACAGACGAACCGAGGCUGGUGUAUCCCGAGUCCUUUGUCCCAUUCACUGCAAACUAUGACUGCACUGCACACAUGGGUGGCCAGAAGCAUUUAGAAAGUGUGAACUGGAAGGCGCAAGGUGAGAGCGGUGAAAAUGCCUUGUCGUCGGUCAAGACUAACGAGCUAAGCUGUCCGUUGUGCAACAUCAAGUGCACCGGUGUUGACACCUACAAAACCCACCUGACUGGCAGGCAGCACCAACGGGCCGUGAAGUUGCAGACUGAGCUCGGCAAGGCCAUUCCUGACUGUGAUGCAGUCGCUAUUAACGCGGAGAAGGCUGCGGCUGCGGCUGCAUCGUCGCAGAGUGCUCACGCGAAGAAGAAACGCUCCUCUAACUCCGCUCGCAUCGAUUCCACAGAUGUUGACGCCUCGAUAUCGGAUGACUGCAUUGAGGAAGUAAAGAAUGGCAAAUCCUCGGUCUUCUGCUGCCGUGUGUGUGAUUGCAAUUUCAGCGACGUCAACGCAAAGAGUCUUCACCUUAAGGGCAAGAAACAUCAGUCAGCGUUGCGAAAACUCCGAGGUGCAGGUGAUUCAGUGGCGACAACAAGCACCAGCGGCCGUCCGCAAGUUCGCCAGUUGUCUCCUGCGGCCGCCGUCGCACGAGCCGCGAUGCCGCCACCGUUGCCACAACAGUCAUUCUUUGGAAAUCCUCGCAUCCCCGGACAAACCUCAUCCCGCUUCUUCCGUCCCCUUGCCGUUUUCGUGCCGCCCGGCCAGCAGGCGCAGCAGAUCGGUCUGCCUUCGCACAUGCUCGCCGACGAGCGCUACAUGCAGACCAAACUGAGGGAGAUUUUGCCCUCGGAGCAGGAGAAUUCGAUUAUGAAGUUGGCUGUCGCCUCAGUUGAGUCUGCUCUUGGACGUAUUCUGCGGGCUCAAGCGAGUGACGACGAAAGGAACCAACCACGAAGGGGAACUCGCCUACCAAAGGGGGCAGAAGGAUUCGAGGCGGUGAUUGGUCAGCGCGAUGUCGAUGGGGUCAAGGUUCAAGCCCCCACCCAUGACAGCGUUCGUCCAUUGAGUGGCGUUUUCAGGGUCGGAGCUCUGGCCAGCGGGCUCCUUUUGCGGGGACAGCACACCGCCGAGAUGGUGCUUGUGCUGGAGAAGCUUCCACCAGCGCAUUACCUGACGGAAGUUGCCGAGGAACUGGAGGAGUUGCUUAAGGAGUCCUGCAAAGAUCACGUAGUUAUAGUGGCAACCAUUGAUGGGGCCCUCGUGGUCCACGUCACUCCAAGCACGCUGAAAGAGUCCGCUUCAGCCAGCACCGCCGGUGCCGCCCCCAUCGCGGUGUCAGUGCGCGUCCGUCUCACUUCGACGCAGAUACUGGGCAACAAAGUCCGCCCAAGCUAUCCCCUUAACGCAGUUCCUGAGUCUGUUAUGGCCAAGGUAUUUAAACGUGUACCGUCCAAGCCACCACCCUUCCCCGGUGCAAAAGCUGAACUCAAACGAGCCGACGGCGGUGACGCUGACAGCGAUCAUGCCGAUGCCCACCUCGAUGAUCUUGAUGAUGAUGAUGGUGGUGAUGAUGAUGAUCGAGUCAGAAAAGCGCUUCUCUGCAGCGGUCUCUCAAAAGAGCUGUGCAUAGACGCGCUUACUGACGUGAGACGAGCCCUCUGGCUUCAGGAUGCCCUGGCACAGCACCCAGCCGUGGGCAAUGUCGUCAACGUGGCGCGUGUCUUCAGCAGUCUCAUUCGUGAAUCACAGCCUUGCCAAUGGGGCAAAAUCCCAGAUUACGUCCUGUUGGUUCUUCUGGAGCGCCUCUCCUUCAUGGACCUCCCCCCAGUCUUCCAGGGUGGACCGCCGAAGCUGCGUGCAGGACUGCUUCUUCGGCGUUUUCUGGAGUCCCUGUCGGCAGGCAUCUUGAUGUCGCCGGGUGGCGAGCUGCACACCCUCCGAGACCCCUCGACCAUCACGCACACGCUGCCCUUUCCAGAGGCUCGUCUCCUUCCCGUGACACCACUGCUGGCUGACAUGAGCCCCGAGGACCGCGAGAAGGCCACCUUUGCGGCUCAAACAUGCCUCCGGCUGGUCUCUUUUAGGCAGAUCUUUAAGGUGCUUAACGUGCCCAAAUUCAUUCCAACGCCACAGAGGUCCUCGUCCAGCGACGUUCCGAAGAACGGGGUUGCCGCGAAGCGAAAGUCGACCGUCGAGAAUGCGUCCCUGGAUGAUGACGACGACGACGAGGAUGGCGUGGUCGGUGUGUGUCCAAGUUCAGACGGGCAGCCAAUCCCAAUGGCCGGCUCGUCUUUGGCCAGUUAG